CUCGCCAACAAAAAUGAACUCCACUUCCCAGAAUCCAACAAGGCGUGUCCGUUAAUGUGAGCAUGCGCUGUCCAACAGACGCGGAUUGACUCAGCCGCGCUCGCAGAUCGCCAUAACUGGGGAAACAGCAGUAGCUAGCUGUUUUGGGCCUCCGUGUCUGUCGGGUGAAUCAGGAUGGGAGACAAGCCAAUCUGGGAGCAGAUAGGAUCCAGCUUUGUGCAGCACUACUACCAGUUGUUUGAUACAGACAGGACCCAACUUGGAGCAAUAUAUAUCGAUGCAUCAUGCCUUACGUGGGAAGGACAGCAAUUCCAGGGAAAAGCAGCAAUUGUUGAGAAACUUUCUAGCCUCCCCUUCACGAAAAUCGCUCACAACAUAACAGCGCAAGACCACCAGCCAACUCCCGACAGCUGUAUAUUGAGUAUGGUAGUAGGACAACUAAAAGCUGAUGAGGACCCCAUCAUGGGAUUCCAUCAGAUCUUUCUCCUGAAGAACAUCAACGAUGCCUGGGUGUGCACCAAUGACAUGUUCCGGCUGGCCAUUCACAAUUUCGGCUAAAGGCGCUGGUGGGAAGCGGGGAACGUGGGACAGUGGUGGGGGUGAAGGUUACCCUCCUGGCCCAGCUCACUCCCGACGUCCGCCUCCCUCUGCUCCCCACGUUCCUCCAUCCCUGCCUCUGAGAAGUAAACCUCCUCUACACUGGAUCCCAGAUGUCGUUCACACAAAAAACCCCGACCAGUCAGUGGACAGAAGCGACACGCAGGCACGAGCAAUCUCCGGGACACAAACUCCUGUUCUACGCCGAAUGGCUACAGCUGCCUGCAGCCUGUCAUAGCCCCUGCACUAUUCUGCAUGCUGUUGGGAACCUAGAAUAGCUGCAUUAUUGAUGCCAGAAGAGCAACUUACUUUUACACUGUUUUAUACUUUCAGUUCAUUGUUACUCGGGCUCAGUUUUCUCCCUUUUUAGUUCACUGGCAUUUAAUUUUACAUGUACUGACAGGUUGCUCUCGCAAUCCAAAGAAACAUCACUGACCAGCCCAUCGUCACCCCCAAUCUGUCCCAGGGUGAUUCCUACCACCACAAUACACAAUAAAUCUUGACUUUUUCUUA